UAUAGAUUCUGUUUUCAUUACGGCUCAGAAUUUUAGUUUCCAUCCGAAACUUUGUUGUUGUUUUCAUUGUGCGGUACGAGUGUGUGUGAGCGUGCGUGUGAGUGAGUAUUGCGGAUAUUGAGUGUGUGCGUGUGUAUGUUUUCGUCUAUGUAUGGGUGUGUGUGCGUGUGCGGCCAAGCAAAUUCCAUACAAGCGAAACACGUGCAAAACUCUUUUCGCAUUGGUUUGCCAAUCCCGAAAAGGUACUUUAUUCCAAAUUCUAUCCAAAUUUCAGUCGAUUUGAGUUUGUCGCACGGUAUUUUACGUUGAAAUGAGAUGAUGACACAUUUGCAAGGUGAUGCAAUGAUCGUAUAUUAUUAAAUAUGCUUGAUGAUAUGGUUUUGUGGAUUCGGACGACCAAAUCACAUUGAACAAUUGGCCAGAUGCAUUGGUCUGUAUUUGCCUCCUUUCUCUCUCUCUCUCUCUCUCUCUCUCUUUCUCUCUCUCUGUCUCUCUCUCUUGCACUCGCUCUCCAUGCAAGUGUAGCGCCAAUGUCGUUGGAAAAACGUAUUGACGAUUCCUUUUGCAAAAACACAUAACAAUGACAGGGAUAAUGUUUGUUAUGCUUGAAAUGUACACAUGUGUUCAGAUUGGUAUGACUGAAGUAAGCGUCAAUGUUAUUGUUGUUGUUGCUUUUGUUUAUUUCAUUUCGUCCAGUUGACGACGGCGAUAGAAAGAAAGAAAGAAAGAGAUAAAUCGAGAGAAAGACAGAGAAGGAUAGAGUCAAAGUCAAUUCAUACGAAUCGGUCGUUAUUUCAUUUUUUUUUGUUCUCGCACCAGAUAUCGACUGGUACUGUAAAUUGUAUUUGCAUAUUUUCGGUGUAAUUUGUUGGUAUAGUCAAUUUUCGAAAAAUUGACGAGAAAAUACACGGUGUGUUGAUGGUGUAUCGACUCCUUGCUUUAUAUUACACGCGUGUAUUGUUCUUCCUCUGCUGAUGAUUCCUCUCCGCCUGUGGCCGAGUGUGUUUCUGCUCCUUCUCAUUCUUUCGCUCGCUCGCUUCGUUGUGUGCACAUGUAUAUGCUCACACAACUACCAUCGUUUACAGUGCCCGUGUGUGUACGGUAACCAUAAUAUUUACAUUUAUUACAUUGCCGUUUUUUUCUUUCUUUCUUCUUCCUUCUUCUCACUGCUCCACUCGCUUUGAAUAUGUGUGUGUGUGUGCUGUGUGUGUCCGCAUACAUGUUUGUGCUUCGACUUUGUGCUUUUCUGCAUGGCAACAGAGAGAUGAAAAGUGAAUGAAAUCGUGUGCACAAGAACAUCAAGCAUAUACAACGAACCCAACGUAUAUUUGUAAACGCGGUGUUUGCAAAUCGAAAACAAUUAAUAUAUAGAAAAAAAUUGUUUGGGCCGCACGUUUGCUGCCCGUUCUUGGUUUUUAUGCAAUUUUCCGUUUGUGCUUCGAUCGAAGAGUCGUUGGUUUUUUUGUUGUUAUUGUUUUUAUUUUUAUUUCUGCUUUUAUCUUCUAAUUCAUGCGAAUUUUUUGUGAUUUUUCUUCGGAAAUUGUGUUUUCUUGUUUAGUGUGUAUGAUGUGACUUGUUAAUAAAUAAUUUGCUUUUGAAAUUCCGGAAAACACGCGGAUUGUUUGCAAGUGAGUUAAUUGUAUUUGGUUUUUCGGAUGGCGAAUUUCGGUUUUAUUCCUUCUCGCGCCGCUUCUAAGGGUUGAUUUUUUUUGUGUGAAAAAAAAUGUGUUUUUGAAAUGGAAUAAAUUUCGAUUGACAAUCGCAAAUUUUCAAAGUAUUCAUUGGCACUUGUCCGUGGACAAAUUGUGUGUGUCCAUUUCUUGUCGAAAUAAAAUUAAAUAAAUCACAUGGUGCAUAUAUUGGUGGUAGAAUCGCCAGAGAAUUGGUUUUUUGCAUGGAAUUGAGAAUACAUUUCGACAUUUGAAAUUGCGGCACAUUUCGGUCAAAACAACAACGACGAAGACGACAGUGGCGGCGACAAGCCGUUUUGUGUAUACCGAUUUGUUUGUGUUUAUAAAAAUAAAUGGUAAUAAUAAAUGAAGAGGGCGGCAACGACGAUGACGACGUCGACGAUGUCGACGACAACGACACCGACAAAACAUUUUGCAUUGUAGCGCAAAUUUUCUUUUACUCAAGCGCUGGCCAAGGAAUGUGUCGUGUGCAUAAUUUUUUUGUUGUUCAUUUAUUGAAUUUUAUUGUGUGUGCAAGCAUAAUACGUAAUAUGGGAAGAAUACUCUCUUUUUUCAUGCUUAUAUUUGGUGUGUAAUAGAAAUGAAUGCGAGUGAGCGAGACAAUGGGAGUAAAAAAGAAAGAGAGAGAGUGAAUAAGAGGAUGAGUGGCCGUGCUAAGGGAAUUUAGCGGUUCGUUCGCAUGCUUUUCGUCAUCGCCCCAAGCAAAUUAAUAAGAAUGUAAAUAGAUUGUGUGGUAUUUUUGUUUCGAUGAAAAUCGAACAACAACAAAACAAGCACGGAUUUCGAUUGCGGAGCAGCGUCGUCGUCGCCGUCGUUAUUCUUUCAUAUUGUUUCCAAGCCGAAAAUCAAAUGAUUUUCGAUUCUUGUGAAUAUAUCGCAUAGAUUUCCCACAGUGAACGCAGCUCCAAAUUAAUAUCAAAGCCAAUUUUAUUGAGCGAUUAUCAAAGAGACAGAAGAAAAACAACCGUUUUGUUUAUUUUCACUCUAAUCGCUUGGCCACGACAACGUGUCGAUAAUUAUUGAUCAACUUCAUUGUUUAUUCUCAAUGUUAUUUAACAAUAUAAUUUUCGUUGUUGUUGCUGCUGUUGUACGUAUAGUCGAUAUUUGGGCUUUGUUGCCACUUGUUUUUUCUGUGUUUUUGUUUGGGUCUGAUAAUAGAUAAUAACACAUUGAUUCGCUAGUGUGUCAAACAUGAUCAUCAGUCAUUUUUUGUUUUUGUAUCUCUGAAUAUUAGAAAAUUUUCGUUGCUGCUUACACUCGUGAUGAGCUUAUCAACGACCAAUAAAUGCCACAUAGUAGCAAUGCCUUUUAUGAUAAUGCAUAUGACACACUUUUGUUUAGCUUUGCAACUAUUUUCGGUGUUCGAUAUGUCGAGUAAGCUUGACGAGAGCAUUUAAUAAACAGUACACAAGAGUCAGUUUUGAGUCCGUUCACAGUAUCGUUGCCACUGCUGCUGCUGCUGCGGCUGUUGUCAAUUCAUCGAAGAGUUACGAGCCUGAAAUUGCUUGAAACUUGAUGCUAUUUUUCGAUCGAUUUCAAUUUGCCGGGGUUAUUGUAUUCACAUAGCGACAACCAUUUGAUACACAGAGGGAGAGUGAAAGAGUGAGAAAGAUAGAGAGAGAGCAAAACCUAACUAACAAGGGAGUGCGUUAAACGUGACAUUUCACAUCAUUUCAAUAAACUAAAUGUUUGUUCGUGGUCGCAUAUGACGUCAUUUUCGAUCAGGCUUAUAAAGAUUGUGUUAAAUUGUUUCUUCUGCUUCUUUUUCUGCAAUUUGCUCGUUCAUUUCGAUUGCACGAAUUUUCUUCUUCAAGCGACAUGUCAAGAAAUGAAUAUUGAGUCUUCAACAAAGCUCUUAUUGAACUCCUAGACAUUUGAACAAAUAAACCGAUUUUUUUCUUCAAAAGUAUUAUUUAGAGAACGUGGUCGCUAAUCAAUAAACAAAUUCAAAAUUGAGACAGCAAAAAGAUGGGAGAAAAAAAAAUCCAUUGCAACCAAAUUGUUGUUCAAAUUUUGGAUUGGCUUCAUUUCAACACAAAGGUGCUCCGCCUCUCUCUCUCUCUCUCCCUCUCUCGCUCCCGUUCUGCAAUGUUAAUGACUUUAUCAAGUUUCAUCUCGAUGCGUCAACUACGGCAAAUUAUAAAUUUUGUCUGACAUUCGAUUUGUUUUUUUUUUUGGCUAAAUGGUACAUACAUGGAUACGUGCGACCGAUGAUUUUCGGUAAUCAUACCAUUUUUACCCAUUGUUCAUUUAAAGAGACCGAACAAAUGAAAAAAAAAGUGAUGAUGCGUAAGCGGCAACGUCAUCGAACACCGACAACAAAAUUGACAUAACAUCAGCGAUAAAUGUGCGCACGUUUCGGCAUUACGGCAAAGACAGCGGCAACGGCAACAGUGAUGAUGAUCAUGAUGUUUUCAUCUAUUGACCGCCUACAGCCCACGAGCAACAACAACUGAAAUAUGUCGUCUUUAGAACGAAAUCAAGCCAAAGCGCUGCUGUCAAUACGCAUACCACUCACAAAAUAACCAAAAUAUAAACACAGCAACAAUAAUAAAAAUAUAACCACAAUCAACCGAAAUAAAUAUCAAAAAAAAGCACACGGACAACAACAAAGCCAAGUGAAUUCCGUGUAUGUGAUACGGAAUGAGCGAUAGAGAAGUGUAUCGGUGCGAAUGAAUCACUGGCGCUUUGUGUAUAUGAGUGAGUGCGAGCGAGCGAGUGAACGAAUGAGAUGGCGAUCAUUAUGUUAUUGAAUUCACUACGUCCGCGUACGAGAACAUCAAUCGUGAAUUAAAAUUCGAUCGAGUAUCAAGUGCAUUGAUUUUACUAGAUACAAUUUGUUUUUAUUUUCUUUGGUGUCAUUUGGUUUAACAUUACUGCAUAUUGAUAAUGAGCAUAUGUUCCGGUGAGGACAUGGUAUUAUUGGCUGCCGUAGCCGAUUCAGCUGAACGUGCCAUCGAAAACAAUGUUAUGGUUUUAGAUAAUUCACCAACCAAUACAGUCAAAGUGAACUUAGAGACUCUACCUCCGCCACCACCGCCUCCGGCAACUUUGUACACCACAUCAACAAAUAACCUCAACUCUUUUGACACGCGUCGAUCUCAGCCGGGUCAGACACAUAAUGUCUACGGUCGCUUGUGCUACAAAGAUGAAGUUCUUUACAUAACUGACAAUGUCUCGUCAAUAAAAAUCGGUCGAAACUCAUCGACAUCAACAGUACACUUUCAUGUGGGCAAAAAUAGUUUUGUGUCACGGAAGCAUCUGCAAGUAACAUUUGAUCGUAGCACCAACAAUUUCUAUUUGAUGUGCUUGAGUAAAAACGGUGUAUUCGUCAAUGAUGUAUUCCAGCGCAAGAGUUCUGAACCAUUAAAAUUACCAAAAGCAUGUACAUUUCGAUUUCCGAGCACCAAUAUUCGCAUUCUGUUCGAGAGCUAUGUAGAUCAUCCGUUCGAAAUGCCGGCCAAGACCACCAAAGCCGUGGAAAAUUCAAAUGUGAUAUAUGCGCCAUUGAAAAUUUCAAUACCCGAACAUGACAAGCGCAGUCCAUUCCCAUCUCCAACGGGUACGAUAAGUGCGGCGAACAGUUGUCCGACAAGCCCACGGCAAAACUACCAAAUUCGCGGUGAUGCCAUCACAUUUGAUCGUGAUAUUGGAAAUGACCACCUGUUAGGCACAUCAGCCAGUGUGUACAGUACGUACCAGCAUCUCAAAAACAAUAACAAUCAUCAUAACAAUUCCACGGGACAUUUGGCGAGCAGUAGUGGGGUGGCCGGUAACAAUCAUGAUUUUGAAACUGAUCUAUUUCCUCCGCCAUCGUCAUCAUCGUUCAAUGAAUUCGAGAAACCACCGUACAGUUACGCACAGCUAAUUGUUCAAUCGAUUGCGGCAUCGCCAGAGAAACAGCUCACACUAUCGGGAAUUUAUUCAUUCAUUUCAAAGCAUUAUCCCUAUUACCGUAAAGAGGCAAACAAAGGAUGGCAAAAUUCCAUUCGCCAUAAUUUAAGUUUGAACAGAUAUUUCAUCAAAGUGGCACGAUCGCAGGAUGAGCCCGGAAAGGGUAGUUUUUGGCGAAUAGAUCCAAACAGCGAAUCAAAAUUAAUUGACCAAAGCUACAAGAAACGGCGCCAACGUGGUAGCCAAUGCUUCCGAACACCGUAUGGUAUGCCAAGAUCUGCGCCGGUAUCGCCGAGUCAUAUGGAUAAUUUGUCUGCUGAAAAUUCGCCACUGCAUGAUAUUGUGCUACAAUCGGCACCUGGUUCACCUGGCUCAUAUCCAAUUGUACACGCUGAAAAUCAAAGCGUUGACGUUAAUCAAUUUCAUCGCAAUUUUUCCACAGACAACUAUGUGGUGCAACAUCGGCUGGUUCCAAGUUCAGCUCCCUAUAUACCCAAAAAGAGCCAAUACCGACUAUCGUAUGUCGAUUCGAGCUCACCAAAUGUCAUUGUAUCAACGGUGCCAGCUGAAAGAGGACACAUUUACGAAGAGCAUCAAAUCAUCACAUCGCAGCCGCAUCAAUCGAUAUUGAAUCAUCAGCAAAUAGUGACACGACUCGAAGGCACCGACAGCGAAGACAACGAUGACAAGUACAAUCAUAAUGUCAAGCGCCUCAAAUAUGACCCAGAGAUUUAAACUUUAGACGCCAUCCCCCUCCUCCUCAUAUACAAAAUAAAAACAAACACAUCAGAGAGUUAAGUGAAAGACACAAACAAAACACAUGGCAGAACACAAUAUUUUCCUGAUUCCAAAAUUAGCCAUACAAACAUCAAGUGCGGGAUGAAUUCAAAUCACACAACAUACAAAAAUCAUGAAAUUUACGGAAAAUUGUUGGUAUUUUUUUAAGAACACAUUUCUUUUUGUCUAAACUAAAAAGGAAGAGAAGCUAGAUUUAAAAGAGAGAAAAAAGAAGAAGAAUAAACAAUAGCUCGUCUGCAAUCAUGGAAGUAAUAUCACAAAUUAAGACAUAUUAAAAGAAACAACAGCAAACAACAACAAAUAUUAACAUCUUGACAUUAUAAAUAUUCAUUACAGUCUAAGGAUUUAACGUACAUUCAACAUAAAAUAAUUGGUUAAAAUACGUUUUUCGCGCUCAAGCAAAUCAUUCAUGGCAACAACAGGGAGAGAGAGAGAGAGAGAGAGAGAGAGAGAGAGAGAGAGAGAGAAGGAAGAAACACUAACAAAUCGAAGAAUACCGAAAAGGGAAAAUGUACAAUAUAUUAUAGUGAUUAGAUCUAAAACAAAAGAAAUCAUUGUUUAUUUUUACAUUUGAAUCAAAAACUACCGACAAAUCUAAUGUGUUACGUUUUAAACGUGUUUAAACGAGAAUAUUACAAAUUACAACAAGAAGAAUGCUAGACCGAGAGAAAAAAAACAAAUAGAAACAAAGACCAUCAGAGAGAGUUUGUUAAGUUUAUCAUUUGAAUUUUUUCGGCGUACAAAAGAAAAUAAUGAUACGGGACAAGUAGUGGUGAUGAUGAUGAUUGCCCGCCCCGAAUUGGAUAAGGAAGUAACAUAGUGAGCAUUGACUUGAGGAGAGGGUGCUUUUUCUCUCGCUCAAACUCAAGUAAUCAGGAAACACAAGAAUCGCAUACAAAAAUUAAAGAAAAAACAAACAAAACGGAUGAGCACUAGAGGCACAGAAUUUCAGAGACGAAUCACAAGGGUCACAUAAGAGUCUUGUUGAGUGGAGCGAGAAAAAAAAAUCGGUUGAUUGUGGCACGCCAGAUCAGACACAAAAACCUCCACACAUUUAUAUACUCAGGUGAUUGGCAAAGAAAAUAUAAUAAGUAAUUGCUACUAAAACUGACAAUUCUAAACGAAUAUUAGACCAAAAUGGCAAUUCCGAAAAUAUAGACAAAAAAACACAAGAAGAAGAAGAAGAAGAAGAAGAAGAAGCAGGCGAAAGAGAAGAAACAUUUUAUUCAUUUUUGCAUGUAUGCAUUUUUUUUCGUUUUGCAUUUAACUAUUGUACAAUAUACUCUUACGUAGAAUUUUAUUGUUAUUCAUGGAUCAUGAUGAUAAAAUGUAUGAUUAGCUUCUAGAGACAUGUUUAUUGUCAUAUGUGAAUCUAAUGGAAUGUUUUCAUUAAAAUUUUGUGUUAAAGAUA